AGUGGUGAGAGAGUAAUAUAUUUAUUACAGCUUGUCAGGCUUUGUUUUUGCCACACUUAGGUCUACUUCGAGUUGAGAGCAGUUGGUAAAUCGUGAUAGAAGAUCACACCCUUGCAAGAAAUCAGAGCUAAGUUAAUUAAGAACAAGGGGCGAUGUUGCACUUCAAUCUAAGAGACUGCAAGGCCUGGCAGGAUAUUGGUCUUCCCCUUUCCACAACCAGCAAUGAGGCCUGCAAAAUGUAUGAUGCUUUUCUGACCCAGUGGGUGUCUUGGACUAAUGAUCCAAGUCUUGGAGGAUUUGAGAGUUGUAAGACUCAGUUACAAGCUGCAGAUCCAGACUUUGUGAUGGGGCAGGUGAUCAUUAAUGGAGCAGAACUGAUUGGCACAGGAAAAUCGGUUUGGCUGGAUAAAGAUCUGGAUGCUGCAAUCAAGAGGAUGGUUAGACUUUCAAAGACACAAGAGAUAACUGAGCGGGAGCGUCUCCAUGUGGAAGCACUGGAUCUUUUUGCAAAAGGAUCUCUUCCAAAAGCAUGCAGUCUGUGGGAGGAGAUCCUGUUGUAUCAGCCAACUGACCUGCUUGCAUUGAAGAUGUCUCAUGAUACCUACUAUUAUCUAGGUCACCAGCAACAGUUAAGAGACUCCAUUGCACGGGUUCUUCCUUGCUGGACACCACAAAUUCCUCUGUAUGGUUACUUGAAAGGGAUGUACUCAUUUGGGCUGGUGGAAACUAACUUUUAUGACCUGGCACUAAAAGUAGCCAAAGAGGGCUUGGCUCUGAACCCAGGUGAUGCUUGGUCUACACAUACCCUGGCACAUGUGUAUGAGAUGCGUGCAGAUGUGGACACUGGAUUAAAAUAUCUGAAGCAGACGGAAAACAACUGGAUGGGUUCUGACAUGCUCUCCUGUCAUAUUUAUUGGCACUGGGCACUCUACUACAUUGAAAAGGGCGAAUAUGAAGCAGCACUCACACUGUAUGAUGCUCAUAUUUCCAGAAGUUGUUUUGAAUCUGGAACAAUGUUGGAUAUAGUGGACGCAUGUUCUAUGUUAUUUCGACUCCAAAUGGAAGGUAUUAAUGUGGACGAUCACUGGAAGAAACUUGUUAGAGUCACCAAGAGUCAUGCCAAAGACCAUAUUCUUAUCUACAAUGACGUCCAUACACUGAUGUCACUGCUUGGAGCUAAAGAUACCGACACUGCUAAUCAGAUCAUCACAUCACUGCAAGAAGUCUCUCAAACUCCUGGUGAGAACUAUCAAUACCAGCUUGGUCGAGAUUUGGGGCUUCCUAUCUGUCGGGCGAUAACAGAGUUUGCAAAUGGAAAUUAUAGUUGCGCUGUGGAUCUGUUAAAUCCAAUUCGCUACCAGAUUCAGAACAUUGGAGGCAGUAAUGCACAGAGAGAUCUCUUUAAUCUGUUGCUGAUCCAUGCUGCUUUAAAAUCAGACAGCACAGCUCACCAGAAACUGGCCAGGUGUCUACUAUUGGAGCGAGAAGCUUUCAAACCAAACUCUCCAAUGACUGAAAGACUGAUUCGCAAGGCCACAGCGCUGCAUAAUGUGGACUAAAUCAAGACUAAGGCACAUACAAUUCAAAUGGGACAAUUGUUUUAAUUUGGGUUAAAGAGAUCUGCUAAUAAUUAUAGUGGUUACUAUUAAGGGAGGGGCUGAUGGAGAUAGGGCAGGAGAGGAGGAGGGUACAAAAAGAUUGGGAAGGAGAUUGGGAAGUAUGGGAAGGAAUAUUGAAACAGGAUGCGAAAGAGAGUGAGGAGGGUGGAGUAAGCAGUGGAAAAGGAAAGGAGCAGUAACUGGUGGAGGGGUGCUUUAUACUCAAAGUGGCUUUUACACUAAAUUUCAGAAUGGAGAAAAAUAUCCUGAAAUUUAUCAUGUGGAAGUUUGUUUUUGUACAAGUAACAUUUGAACUAUAUAACUUCCAAAAGUUAAUAUAGUUCUCUUCGGUAAGGCUUCAUUAAAACUAUUUUUAAAACA